CCUUCCCUAUAAAUCCUGUUCCAAUCCCAACCUUACUCAAUUCAUUCAUCACUGUGCUCUGUUUUCUGCAACUUCUUCAAAAAUCUUAACAACAAUUCAUGCUUUCUCUCAAACUCUUCCUCAUUUCCACCGCCGUUAUUUUCACGGCGUUGGGAUUGAAAUCUUCUCUUCCAUUAGCCACAACCCACCUCACUCUCCUAUGGAAUUUUUUUCUCUUGUGCUUCACUCCUCCAUACCUUAUUUUUACUGUCAACGCCAUCAUCAUCUCCAUACUUGCUUCCUCUAGAUUUCAUCAAUCCUACAACCACCCAAUUGUGGACCCCACUCCUCCCCCUAUUGUCAUCGUCAACACCGUCCACGUCGACGUCCCUACACCCUCUCCCAAACAAGAAGAAGAAGAAGAAGAACCAGAAGAAGAGACAAAACAAAUUGACCUUGGAAUUUUGAAGUUGAAGAGGAUGGACUCGCCGGAAAAUCUACCGCUGAUUGAUAAACCACUUCUUUCUACUAGGUUCACUCACCGGAAACCUCUUAAAUUCAGUCCAGAAGGUGGGAAAUCGUUGAAGGUGGCUGCGAAACAAAAACGGCACGAGACUUUAGAGAACACGUGGAAGAUGAUAACGGAAGGUCGGUCAAUGCCGUUAACUAGACACAUGAAGAAAUGUGACACGUGGCAAAACCGUUAUGAUGCGGGCCCACAUGAACCACAAGAUUCCGCCGUCACCGUCAGUGACUUCAACUUCAACAAAACAUGGAAGCUGAGAAAAGAACCGUCGUUGAGUCAAGACGAGUUGAAUAAACGCGUUGAAGCGUUCAUAAGAAAGUUUAACCAGCAAAUGCGGUUGCAAAGAGAAGAAUCCUUAAAUCAUUACAUGCAAAUGAUUAAUCAUGGUGCUAGCUAGUAAUUAUUUUUUCUGGGUGUUUUAAAUGUAUAAUUCUGGGUGUUAGCUAGCUAGUAAUUAAACCCGUAUAUAAAAAAAUAGUAGUAUAUCUCAUGGUUAGAGACUUAGAGUAGAAACUUAUGUGAAAAAAGAAAGAAAAAAAAGAGAUGAAACUUAUGUAGUUUCUAGGGACAUUUAAUAUUUACAAAAUUGUGUAAAUUUUUUUUUAGUCAAAAAAUAUAUAUAUGGAGUGCAGGUUCCCUCCAUUUAGCGUGUCCUCCAUUUAUAUAUAUAGGUAUUUUUAUCAGUAUAUUUUUGUCGGCCAUGUAAGUUAAUUAAGGUAGAUUAUUGUAGGAAAUACUCCCUCCGGUCUUUUUUAUAAGAAACUAGUUAUGAA